CGCGCGGGCGCUGCUGCAGCUGCGUCCCCCUCGCCUGCUCCCGUUCCCCGCCCCAAAGAGGAGCUCAAAAUGGUCCUGUGCGUCAACAUGUCUUUAAAAAUGGGUACGGGCAAAGUGGGCGCGCAAUGCGCGCAUGCGGCUGUGGGGGUCCUCUGGGCGCACUACCAGAGCCACAACGUUGCUAUACGGCAGUGGGAGAUGUAUGGACAACCCAAGAUUGCGCUUAAGGUGGGCGACGAGGCGGAGAUGGCGGAGCUAGAGGCUAAGGCGGUGUCGCUGGGCAUGCCCACCUACAUCGUUCACGACGCAGGUCGGACCCAAAUCGCUGCGGGCUCUCAGACGGUGCUGGCCAUAGGGCCCGCACCCAAGAGUGAGCUGGACACCGUCACGGGGCACCUGAGGCUGCUGUGAAGUGUG